UUAGAAACGCAUUAGUGUUGGGCUGUUGGAAAACGUGAACUUGAUUAUACAUCGGAGUAGUGUGCGUAGUGUUUGACAUACUUAUAGGUUAGAAUAUCUAUUUUGAUAAUCAUAAAGAGAAAAAAGGUAUUUAACGUAUUUUCACAUUGUCAUGUGACAGUUGUCUCAUAUUUUUAUGGCAAUCGUCAUUGCAAAUAGUCCGAUAGUUUUUCGCGGGUUGUCGCGCGCGUAAAUACAACCACUUAAAUAACCGUCACAACAUAUAACCUUCUCCAGUAUUGUUUUUAAACGGGAAGGAAUUACGAUAUCAUCGUAUCGAGUUGAUUUUUUUUGAUUGCUCGAUCAUUUUUUAAAACGUUUUGCCAUUCUUGUGUAGUGUUGUUUUUUUCGUUAUCACAAUUUUUUGGUGAAAUGGCGAGCGGUGAACCUGGCAUAACCCAUUCGUCGGGUGAACCUAGGGAUUGGAGAAAAGAUUUAAUUUCACAACUUCGUGACAGAAAUAGAUCGCAAACACACUGUUUCGAGGAUCUUAUAAAUUUACAUAAUCGAUUAUUUGAGAAAGCGAAUACAUUGCGAGGAGAGAACCUUCAAUUGACUGUAGCGAAUGAAAAGCUCAAGUGCGAAGUUGCAUCAGGCGGUGGGGGUGUUGCCGGAGUCUUGGGCACAAAUUCUGCUCUUGAAGCUAGAUUAUUGGCUCAGGCCGAAGAGCUGACUACGCUGCACAGAAGAAGAGGAGAACAUGCUCAACAAAUAGUUGAUCUUAAUAAUAAGCUUCAGGAAGUAAUGAAAGAGCUACAAAAUAAAGAAAACAGCUUAGCAGAGAGCUUAGACCUGAAUGCUCUGCUGCGCUCGGAUUUAUCAAGGUAUGUGAGUAAAGAGCAGGAACUCGAGGCUGCCAAUCAGAUGCUCAGAGAUGAACAUCAAGCAUUGCAACUGGCUUUUGCAGCUCUGGAAGAAAAACUCAGGAAAGCUCAGGAAGAGAAUCGCCAACUGGUCGAACGUUUAAUAAAAUACAAAGCUAAAGAUGCAGACAAGAUGAACGAAGAAAAUGACAAUUUUCUCAAAAAAAGGCAAGCGAAGGUGCAAAAAGAUUUGGAGGAUGCAGCGAAAGACACGCGAACCGUGAGUCCCGAUCGAACGAGUUUGAAGGAAGGAAUGGUCGGCUUACCAACUUCCGUUCCAUCCACCGUCGCCGUCAAGUUUAACGCACACGACGGAGAGGUGACCGCAGUUAAAUGGUCCCCGGUCGAUAGGAUCCUCGCAACUGGCGGUGCUGACAGAAAAAUCAAGCUGUGGGAUAUCGCGAAAGGUGCUUGCGAUGGCAAGGGAUACCUCGUUGGAAGCAACGCGACUGUCAUGUCCGUCGACUUCGACUCGACUGGAACUCUCAUCCUCGGUGCGUCCAACGACUAUGCGAGCAGGGUGUGGUCGGUCAGUGACCUUCGUCUCAGGCACACAUUGACGGGCCAUUGCGCGAAAGUUAUGGCCGCGAAGUUUCUCGGCGAGCCAUCGAAAGUAGUGACGGGCAGUCACGAUCGAACUCUUAAAAUCUGGGACCUUCGUAGCCGUGCUUGUAUCGAAACUAAAUUUGCUGGCUCGAGCUGUAACGAUCUCGUCACAUCGGACGGUGCAGGGUCGACGAUAAUCAGUGGACAUUUCGAUAAAAGGAUACGAUUUUGGGACACACGAGCAGAAUCGAGUUCGAACGACAUCGUUCUUCAGGGAAAAGUCACCUCAUUGGACCUGUCUCGAGAUGCGAAUUAUCUUCUCAGCUGCGUGAGAGAUGACACGGUAAAACUGUUGGACCUGCGAAUGAAACAGAUCGUGGGAUCGUUCAGUGCCGACGGUUUCAAAGUCGGUUGCGAUUGGGCGCGAGCGACGUUCAGUCCAGACGGUCAGUACAUCGCCGUCGGUUCGGUUGACGGUUCCGUAUUCAUAUGGAACGUAACGACGAAUAAGAUCGAAUCGGUUCUCAAAGACCACACAUCUGCGGUGACGGCGGUUGCUUGGCAUCCUCACGGCACUUAUCUAGCAUCGGUGGACCGCUUUAAGGUGGCGACGGUGUGGGGCGAUCACGUUUGACAGGACGAGUGAUCGUAUCGGGUUAAAAAGAGGAAAAUAAUAAACGAUCGUUCGAAUGACAAGCGGAAAUUCUUCGGCUGUAAAUCGCCUACAAUCGUCAAUAACAACGGCAAUGUAGUACAGACAUUUUUUUUUCAAUUAUCACUGAAAAAAAGUCCGCAUUGUUUCAAACUUUCGUUACUCGAUGCGAUGUUGAAAACAAAAAUCAAUGAAAAGCAAAAACAUUCUCGAAAGUCCAAAAAAUAUGCGUCUCGAUUGAAGCAGAUAAACACUGUUGUGCUCGUACGUAAGAAGAGAGCGAAUCAAACGUUAAAAUAAAAGCGAAAUACUCGAAAGAAACACGAGAUAGUCCAAUAUAAUUGAAGUAUUACCGAAUAUGACGAUCUUCAAAAUUCAUUCGUGUCUCGAUUAUAUAUCCUCUGGAAUGUUAACGUGAAGUGUAAAUAAUCGAAGAUCUUAGAUAAAACAUACUUUUCCAUAACGAAAGCAGAGGGUUUUUUUAAAAUGAAAUCUUGUUGCGAAUUUGAGUCAAAAAACCAUUUUUUAGUACAGCAUUUGUAUACGAGCUCGAGGAAAACUGCGACGAUACGUAAUCGUACAGUACGCAACAAUAAGCACAAUAACAUUGAAGAUCGAAUGGUUGUUUCAUUUAUAUAGAAAAAUAUUUUCAAUCUUUAUAUUAAAAAAAAAAAAAAAAAAAAAAAAAA